AAUAUAUUGCAAUACACACAUUCAUGUAAUGAGAUCGGGUACACUUGCGAGCAAUCAAAUCGUCUCAAACCAACAUUACGCACUGAUGUAUCAACAUUACUAAAACUACCUACUAACUCUGCUAAGCGGUAUAAAUGUAAUGUACCUAACGAUAUAAUUUAAGGUUUCGUUAAUAUUGACAUCCAAUUAUAAUUUUGAAUAAUUUAUUUAUAGAUAGUAUUAUGAUAGAAAUUUAGAACGAAGGGUUGGUUUCUGCAAAUGCAAAAACUUCCGCAGUAUGCAACUGUUUCAGCGAAACAACACUGUGUAACUCAUUCGCAUGGACGCCUGUAGAUCUGGCCACUCGUAUACAUUCUGCACUCUUCAGUGAAGUGGGCUGGCCACCAUUAUACUAUGUCCCGAACGAGAUGCUCACAAACAAACUGUAGGCGCGCGUGUCGGUGACCAUCAGUCAAUUAGAGACCCGUCACAGGCCUUUCUUUAAGCGCCUUCUUUCCUUCCUUUCGCGAACGGCCAGCCUUAUCGUAAAAAUAAAGAUGUUAUUAACAUGGUCGAAUUUUACCGCCUUUUAUAGGAAAGGUAGUGAGUGGCUUAUGAAGAAAAUGUGCUUUAUCACAUAGUUUACUUUUUAUGAUUCCUCGCACGCAGUAUACUUUCAAAUGACUUAUUUUUGACGUAAAGGCACGCAAUGAAAGCCGAUUUUUGUUUGUAGUUGAACCCUUAAAUGUUGUAAUGGCAAUUUUAGAUCCAUUUGUAAUUGACUACCUUGAACCUUCUCUGUAAAACCGUAGCAUGAAACAUAACAAUUUCAAAACGAAACUGACACUGUCAGUUGUCAAUGUGACAGACUGGUCAGUCAGUAGUCAGUGGUCUGCUGCACUGCCGCACUGGUCAUUGUGGGCUCGAAGAGGCACCGACUGAUCACCGAAGGUUUCUUUUCAUUAAGGUAGAGUCCGACGUAACGUUAGUGAUCGGAGUGAUUGGUUUCGUGUUCUGAUGUGUGGAUGGAGGAUGUCGUUGUGGCAGAGCGAGGAGCAGCUAUGCGGUGUGGUGCUGCACGAGGUGUUCGCGUGGCUGUCGGGCCCGCAGCUGGCGCGCGCCGGCGCCGCCUGUCGCGCGUGGCGCCGCGCGGCCGCCGAGCCCGCGCACUGGCGCCGCCUGCUGCAGAGCCGCGCGGGCCGCGCCGUGCCGCGCCCGGGCCCCGCGGGAGACGCGGCGGCGUGGCGACAGGAGUACGUGUCGGCGUGCGCGGGCUGGCGGCUGCUGGCGCGACACCGCGCGUCCGCCGCGCUGCUGCACGCCAGCCUGGCGCCGGGCGGCGAGCGCCUGGCGCUGGGCGCGGCCGACGCCAGCGUGGGCGUGUGGGGCGCGGGGCGCGCGCGCGCCGCCUGGCGGGAACUGGCGCGCCUCGAGCUGCGCCGCCGCGGCUGGAGCGCCGUGGCCCGCGUGUGCUGGGCCCCGGCCGCGCCCGCCGCGCCCGCCUCCCGCCUGCUGCUCGCCGGCCCGCUCGCGCUCUCCGCAGACUGGGAGCUCGUCGUGCUGCACGUUCAAGAGGACGGCCAAUGCGGUUCUAUAUCCAGUCGCGUGCGGUGCAGUGCUGGUGCCGCUGGUUGCUGGGCUGACGCUGUCGGCGACAGCUUCCUAUCGCUAGAACUGCGACGACUCGGUCCCGGACUGUUCUACACAUCCGUUUGGCUGAACGCCGCCACGCAGGAAACGCAGUCGGAGUAUACCGGAGUCCGUGCGCCACUGCUAAGAAUUUACAACGAGGACAGCGCACACAUAACGCAUGCAGCCGUCGCCAGCGCACCCGACGAAGACGAGGAGAGCUCGGGCCCAGCGUACUGGCGGGCGGUGAGGCCGCGAGCGAGUGCGACCGCGCCGGGCCCGCGCGUGCUGCUGGCCGGCGGCGGACGCCUGCUGCGCGCGUGGCCCGUGGCGGCGCCGCGCCCGCCGCCGCUGCAGGCGCGCGCCGCCGGCGAGCUGGCGGAGCGCGUGCCGUGCGCGCCGCCUGCACGCCGCCCGCGCACUCCUGCCGCCUCAGCGCGCCUCUCGCCGGACUCGUCGUGCAUGAUCGGUAGGUUACUAGCGAGCGUUGCUUUUGGGCGGUAUGCAGUGACGGCAGCGCGACGUGUCUGUCGGUGCCAAUGCUGCAGGUGCUGUGGCGCGUGUCGGGCGCGGGCGCCAGCGCCGCGGCCCCCGCGCACUACGUGCAGCCCGCCGUGUCGGACGCGUACCUGGCCAGGUGAGGGGCGCGCGGGCGCUGCGUCCGCUCUCGUGCAGCUGAGUGACUGGUGUGGUGUGCGCAGCCCGGCGGGCGAGUACUCGCCGCUGGUGUGGUGGCGCUCGGCGCGGUCGGGCGCGGGCAGCGCGGCGGGCGCGGGGCUGCGCCACGCGGCGCCGGCGGUGGGCUGCCUGCUGCCGGCCGCGCGCCCGCGCUACCUGCUGGUGCUGGCCGGCGACGAGCUCUACGUGUGGCGUAGCCGCGCUACCCUCCAAAGCGGCCCAUUUGAUGUGUUGUAACAAUUGUAGCAGCAGAUUCGUUAUUUUGUAACAUUCAAUUUGUAACGAUAUUCAGGAAAUACUCCAAUAAACCUUAAACCUAAUGCUAUUUAAAA